CACAUUUAUCUACCCUGUGCACAACUUCAGUGCACACGAAGUUAUUCGUAGCGUAAAUUAUAGACUGAUUAGAAUAUUAGAUACGAAGCACAUUUAUUAAAUUAAGUCAAAAACUAAACUAAAAUUUUUACCUCUACUAUGGCCGUAAACGGUAGAAGAUUUCUAAAAUCGCUCACAGAACAAAUCAAUUCAACAAGAAACUAUGGAACUGCUAAACGAGUGGUUGCCUCAAAACCUGUGGUGGAAAUGGAUGGAGAUGAAAUGACCCGUAUCAUUUGGGAAAAGAUAAAAGAAAACUUAAUAUUUCCAUAUGUAAAAUUAGACUGCCUAUACUAUGACCUGGGGUUACCCCACCGUGAUGCGACCAACGACCAAGUAACAAUCGACGCUGCGCACGCAAUUCUAAAGCACAAUGUCGGCAUCAAGUGCGCGACUAUCACACCUGAUGAACAACGAGUUGAAGAGUUUAAACUCAAGAAGAUGUGGCUGAGCCCCAAUGGUACCAUACGUAAUAUUCUGGGUGGUACCGUGUUCCGUGAACCCAUACUCUGCAAGAGCAUACCUCGUCUCGUACCCGGUUGGACCCAGCCUAUUGUUAUCGGUCGUCACGCCCAUGGAGAUCAGUACAAGGCCCAGGAUUUCGUUGUGUCUAAGCCCGGAAAGGUGGAACUAGUUUACACAACAGAAGAUGGAACCGUGUCGAAGCACCUGCUUUAUGAUUUCAAAGUUCCCGGAGUUGCAAUGGGAAUGUACAACACUGACGAAUCUAUCAUGGCCUUCGCUCAUUCCAGUUUUCAGGUUGCCUUACAAAAGAAAUGGCCGUUGUAUUUGUCAACGAAGAAUACAAUUCUCAAACGCUACGAUGGUCGCUUCAAGGAUAUCUUCCAAGAAAUUUAUGAAAGCACAUACAAAAAACAAUUCGAAGAUGCCAAGAUAUGGUACGAGCAUCGCCUGAUCGAUGACAUGGUUGCACAAGCCAUUAAAGGUUCAGGCGGAUUUGUCUGGGCCUGCAAGAACUACGACGGCGAUGUACAGUCAGAUAUUGUGGCACAGGGGUAUGGUUCCCUCGGGAUGAUGACGUCAGUGCUGAUGUGCCCAGAUGGUAAGACAGUGGAAUCUGAAGCGGCGCAUGGAACAGUCACCCGCCAUUACAGAAUGCACCAACAGGGGAAACCUACAUCCACCAACCCUGUCGCCUCUAUUUACGCUUGGACCAGGGGAUUGAUGCAUCGUGCUAAGUUGGAUGGCACGCCUGAGUUGGAGAAAUUCGCUUUAGCUUUGGAAGAGGCAUGCGUCGAAUGUAUUGAUAGCGGAAAAAUGACGAAGGAUUUGGUUAUAUGCAUCCAUGGCUUAGCUAAUACCAAGGAAGGCAUGUAUUUACACACUGAGGACUUCUUGCAAGCAAUUGCUGAGCAGCUCGAACGAAAAUUGUCAAAGUAAUAAGUUAAUAUGAAAUCGGCUAUUGAAAAGAGAUAGCAAUAUGGUAUAAUGCUGCAUCCUUUGCACAUGGAGUGACUACGCGCCUGUCAAGCGAAAAUAUUGGGUAUAUUCUAAUAGAAAUUAAAAUUAAUUUUAACUCCUGAAAAAAUACUAAAUAUUAUAGCAUAAUUUAUUUAAAGUAAGUAAUCAACACCAAAAAACUUAAUUCUAAUAAAAUAAAUAAAUAAAAUUUCAAAGCUGAAAAGCAUCCUUUCGUUCGACAAACUCAUGUUAUUAUUAUCACUUAAAAGUAUUCUAUGCAUAUGGAACUAACACUACUUUUUACUUAAAGCAGUAAUCACUGUUUAUAUAACAGGUCCUAGAAAUAAGUGGAUGUGCUAUUUCUUUCCAUAGGCCGAUGCAAUAUUCAUAAGUUAAACAGUGCUUAAGCGGCUAAAUUAGCUAAGCUAAAAUGUGUAAUCUAUGUAUAUUUUACUUCUGUACUUAAGCAAGCGCAAAAGAAAUUUGAAUUUUGUACAAUAUAUAUACCUAAAGUAA